ACAUGCUUCACCUUAGCGUGCCAGCUGUGUGGCUAGAUGCAGCCUAUAGGACGUCACCUUUAAAGCUCGUUGACCUCACCCCACCAAAUUAUUAAGGGGAGCUUUUUCCUGUUACCCCUCCGGCCAUCUUCUGCCCCUCCAUUGAGCAUUAUUAGUAUUAGUUCCGGUCUUUCUGCUGAGGUCUUCCCACCUGCACCUGCGUGCUUUUUCCCAACGGACGUCCAAGGAAAAAAAAAAAAUCAUCUGAAAUACCGCAACUUCUCCCUCCUAACUUGUUCUUUUAAGUUAUCCCUAAGAAUCUUACAUCUGAUUAAAGACACCAAUUGAAUAAUUAGAUAUCCCUAUCCGUCAAAAUGUCGUUGUCAAGCAAGCUCUCUAUCACAGACGUCGACCUAAAGGGCAAGAGGGCGCUCAUCCGGGUCGAUUUCAACGUUCCUCUGGACGCUGAUAAGAAAGUUACAAACAACCAACGUAUUGCCGGUGCUAUCCCCACCAUCAAAUAUGCGAUCGACAAUGGCGCAAAGGCUGUUGUAUUAAUGUCCCACCUCGGACGGCCCGACGGCAAGCCGAACCCCAAGUUCAGCUUGAAGCCCGUUGUCCCGGAGCUUGAGAAGCUUCUAGGCAAGAGUGUCGAGUUCGCGCCGGACUGCGUCGGUCCCGAGGUCGAGGCUAUCGUGAACAAGGCAGACAACGGCCAGGUCGUUCUGCUGGAAAACUUGCGAUUCCACGCCGAGGAAGAGGGCUCUUACAAGGAUGCCGAAGGCAAGAAGGUCAAAGCGGACAAGGCUAAGGUCGAGGAGUUCCGAAAGGGCUUGACUGCUCUUGGAGAUGUCUACAUCAACGAUGCUUUCGGAACCGCACACCGAGCUCACUCUUCUAUGGUCGGUGUCAACCUUCCUCAAAGGGCCGCUGGUUUCCUCAUGAAGAAGGAGCUGGACUACUUUGCCAAAGCUCUUGAGUCGCCCAAGCGACCCUUCCUCGCCAUCCUCGGCGGUGCCAAGGUCUCCGACAAGAUCCUGCUCAUCGACAACCUGCUCGACAAGGUCGACAGCAUCGUGAUCUGCGGCGGCAUGGCCUUCACGUUCAAGAAGACGCUACAGGGCGUCCGCAUCGGCAACUCGCUCUUCGACGAGGCCGGGGCCAAGAACGUCGGCCAGCUGAUGGAGAAGGCCAAGAAGAACAACGUCGAUGUGGUCCUGCCCGUUGACUACGUGACGGCGGACAAGUUCGACAAGGACGCCAACACGGGCAUUGCCACCGACGAGGAGGGCAUCCCCGACGGCUGGCAGGGUCUCGACUGCGGCCCCAAGUCCAUCGAGCUGUACAAGAAGGCUAUCGACUCGGCCCAGACGAUCCUGUGGAACGGCCCCCCCGGAGUCUUCGAGUUCGAGAAGUUCGCUAACGGCACCAAGGCUACCUUGGACGCCUUCACCGGCGCCGUCGCCCAGGGCAAGAUCGGCAUCAUUGGCGGUGGCGAUACCGCCACCGUCGCUGCCAAGUACGGCGCCGAGGACAAGUGCUCCCACGUGUCGACCGGCGGUGGUGCUUCUCUCGAGCUGCUCGAGGGCAAGGCCCUACCCGGUGUGGAGGCUCUCAGCACCAAAUGAGAUCAGUGGUGCGUCUGUAAAAGUAGCAUCGGUUGAUCGCUUGACAAAUACAUACAUACAAACAAACAGACACACGCGUCUUAAAAAAAGGGGGGGGCUAACCGGUUUUGGUGGGGUUCUAAGGCGGAACGGUUAGCUUUAAAGGCACGGGGAUGCCGGGCGCGGUGGUCCUUUUUUCUCCCCUGUUAUUGAUAAUGUUACGUAUUGAGCUUAUGAUGAUAAAAUAGCCACAGAGCUAUAAAAAAAUAGAUGAAUACUGAUACAAGUAUCACACGUACAUACAUAGGUAGUUACACUAUACGUUUUUACCUGUUCUCUUUCUCUUUAAUAUCCUGUGAUGUGGUACAUACAUGUCUUGUCUCGGUAUUGUUG